AUGGCGCAGGCAAGAAAGUUCACUUGGGGCGCCACAGGGUUGGCCGCGUUUAUCGUAAUCGCGGGCCUGACUUUGUGGAUGAUGCCCAGCCGGCAGACCAGCAGUGCGCAGGAUGGCCCCCGGCCCCUGCCGCCGCUGAUUUCGCGCGGCUACACCGAUGCGCCCUCGGGCACCGCCCUUAUUGCCGGCGAUCCGGCGGGUGGCGGUGUGCUGAUCGAGCUCAAGGUCACCGAUGGCCAGAAGGUGAAGCGCGACGAGGUCAUCGCCGUCCUGUCGAACUACCCGAAGGCGGAUAUCGCCGUUCGUACGUCCGAGGCGGAACUCGCCAAGACCGAGAAGGCGCGGGAGGCGAUGGUCAGCGGCUAUCGCACGGCCGAGAUCGCCAUGCAGGAAGUGGUGGUCAAGUCGGCGGUCGAGGAGAACAAGCUCAAGGUUCUCGAGAUGCAGCGUUCCGGCAAGCCGCCGGACCAGAAGCAGCUCGAACUGAACAUUUCACAGCAGAGCCUCGAGCGCGAACAGGCCAAGCUGCGCAUCCAGAAGGAAACGCUGGAGAGCGAUCUCCAGCAGAGCAACAACGACAUCGCCAUCAUCAAGGCGAAGCUCGACAAUGCCCGCAGCACGCGCGAGCAGGCGCUGGUCCGUUCGCCGCUCGACGGUAUCGUGAUCCAGAUCUACACCCGCCAGGGUGAGCGAAUCUCGCCGAACGGCAUUGCCAAGAUCGUCGACCUCUCGCAGUUGCGUGUCCUGGCCGACGUCGACGAAUUGAGCGUCGGUCGCAUCGCCACCGGCGGCAAGGUCGAGGUGACGUUCCGCGGCAGCCCGACCGUGUAUGCCGGCACGAUCUCCCGGGUGGCGCCGACCGUGAAGCGUAUGCAGCGCAUGGAGCCCGACGGCGGUUCCUCGACCGAUGCGCGCGUCGUGCAGGUCGAGAUCCAGCUCGACGACCCGUCCAGCAUGCCGCAGGUCCUGGGUCCGCCCGACAAUCGCGGCCUGCUCCGCCAGCUCUUCGUCGUCGGCACCUUUGCGCUCGGCCCGAACGUGCUGAACGACGGCUCGAUCAUCAUGUCGGAAGAGACGAUGGCCGAGGUUUUCGGCUCGUGGUGGUCGGAUCGGCCGGCCUUCAUCGCCAUCCAGCUGGCCAAAGGCUCCGACGUCGACGCGGUUCGCAAGGAACUCAACACAUCCCUCGCGGGGCGUGGCGAGGUGCUGACCCUGCGCGACUUCGAGAAGCGCGAGCGGAUCUACUGGUCGCGCGAGACGCCGGUCGGCUACAUCACGGACCUGGGUUUCGUGAUGGGCGUGAUGAUCGGCAUGGUCUUCAUCUAUUACGCCCAGUACCAGAUCAUCCGCUUCUACCUGCCGGAAUACGCCAUCCUGAAGAGCCUGGGCUACGACUGGUGGUUCUUCCUGUUCAUGAUCGGCCAGAUCGGCGCGGCCAUCAUCACGCCGGCCUUUCCUCGUGGCCUUCACGCUGGGGCGGUUCGUCUACGGCGCGACCGAGGCCGCGAUGCAUCUCGGCAUGACGAUGGGCCUGCGCGAAAUGGUCGUGGCGCUGGUCGCCUGCCUGAUCAUGACCGUGGUUUCCAGCCUGUUCGCCAUCCGCCGCCUGUGGCGGGUCGAUCCCAUCAUGCUGUUCGAGUGACCAUGACGACCGACACACACGGUUUCGGGCCGCCCGUCGUCGAGGCGGUCGACGUCCAUCACCAUUACGGCGAGGGUCCGCAGCGGGUCGACGUGCUGUUCGACAUCAACAUGCAGGUCCGCGAGGGCGAACUGGUGAUCGUCACCGGCCCCUCGGGCUCGGGCAAGACGACGCUGCUCACCAUCCUGGGCACCAUGCGCAAGCCCUCCGAGGGCAAGCUGCGCCUGCUCGGCACGGACAUCGUGGGCCUGGGCGGAUCCGACCUCGACGAGCUGCGCAACCGCAUCCGCUUCCUGUUCCAGAAGCGCAACCUCCUGUCGUCGCUCACGGCGCUGCAGAACGUCGUCGCCGGCGUCUCGACGACCCCGCUCGCCGAUCCGGCUUGGGACGAGCCGCGUGCCCGCCAUCUGCUCACCAUGCUGGGGCUGGGCGACAAGGCAUCCGCCUGGCCGGACGAACUGUCGGGCGGCCAGCAGCAGCGCGUGGCGAUCGCGCGCACCAUGAUCGGUUUGCCCGACCUCAUCAUCGCCGACGAGCCGACCUCGGCGCUCGACCGCGUGUCGGGCCGGCUGGUCGUCGAUCAGCUCAAGGACCUCGCGAUGCGCGCCAAGUGCGCGGUCGUCCUGUCGACCCAUGACGAGCGCAUCUUCGACGUCGCCUCGCGCCGCCUCCAUAUCGAGGACGGCCGCUGCUUCGAACUGCCGCGGGAGGAGAAGCCCGCGCCCGCCCUGCCGGCGGAGUUGCCUCGCGUGCUGGUGCAGGUCCCGGUCUACAACGAGCCGCUGGUCGUGGAGCGCUCGAUGGCGGCGAUGGGCGCGCUCGACUGGCCACAUGACCGGCUGACCAUCCAGCUCCUCGACGACAGCAACGACAUCACCACCGACAUCGCCGCGCAUGCCAUCGAGCGCCUGCGCAAGGCCGGCAUCGACGCGCACCAUGUCCGCCGCAGCGAUCGCGGGGGCUUCAAGGCCGGCGCCCUCGCGGCCGGACUCGCACUCGACGAUGCGCCUUACGUGGCGGUUUUCGACGCCGAUUUCGUACCGCCGCCGGGUCUCCUCUACAUGGUGGUGCUGCAUCAUCGCCUGAAGGCGAGGGGCCUGCAGCGCGAGGAGAUGCUGCUCUCGACACCGCUGCCGGACGACGCCGACCUGCCGCACGUCGUCGUGCAGAUCCCGUCUUUCAACGAGGGGCCGGUGGUGAAGCGCGGUGCGGAGUCGGCCGCCGCACUCGACUGGCCGCGCGACAAGCUGCACAUCCAGCUCCUCGACGACAGCACCGACGAGACCGCGGAGAUGGUUCGUCAGGUCGCGGCCGAUCUGCGCGCCAAGGGCUUCGACGUGGUGGCGCUGCAGCGCACCGACCGCAGCGGCUACAAGGGCGGGGCGCUGCACGAGGCGAUGCAGAAGACGCCCUACGAUUUCUUCGCGAUCUUCGACGUCGACUACAUUCCGCCGACCGACUUCCUGCGCGUCUGCAUGCGGCCGUUCUUCGCCGAGCCCAGGACCGCUUUCGUCCAGGCCCGCUUCGAUUUCCUCAAUCCGCACGAGAACGCGCUCACCGAGAUGCAGAUGGUGACGCUCGACGCCCAUCUCGGCAUCGAGCAGGCGACGCGAUGCUGGGCGGGCCAUCCGCUGCCCUUCAACGGCACCUGCGGGAUCUGGCAGCGCGCCGCCAUCGACGCCGGCGGCGGCUGGAAGGGCGACACCGUCACCGAGGAUCUCGACCUCACCUAUCGCGGCUUGGGUGAAGGGCUGGCGGGCACUCUUCCUCACCAGCGUGGGCGUGCCGGGCGAACUGCCGGCCGACACCAAGACCUGGCUGCGCCAGCAGCAGCGCUGGCAGGACGGCUUCCGCCAUGUCUCGAUGCGCAUGUUCCCGGAGAUCCUGAAGAGCCGCGAUAUCACGCCGUCGGCCAAGCUGGCGGCGCUGCUGCAUCUCUGCAUGGCGCUCAACCAACCGGUGCUGCUGGUCGGCGUCGUGUCGGGUAUUUUGGCCGGAUUGCUCGCGCCGUCGCUGGUGCCGCUGCUGCUGACGCUGUUCGUGAUCACCGUGGCCUGGGUGCUGGUCUGCGCCACGACCUUCCUGCGCGCCGGCCACAAUUUCAUUCGCGGCGGCGAGAUCCCGCCGCUCGAGUUCGCCGUGGUCCUGAUGCGCUUCGUCGGCGGCCAGAUCGCCACCGUCGUCCGCUCGUUCGGCGUCCACUUCAGGAAGAUGUUCAGCAAGCCCAAGCCGGUCGUCUUCGACCGCACGCCCAAGCGGGGGAACUGACACCUGUCAUCCUGAGCGAAGCGAAGGAUCUCAUGCCAGCCCCGGAGUCGUCUGGUUUUUCCCACGCUCUCGCGCAGCAGUGGAUGAUGGGCGCAGCGCAGGCCGCCGCCCAGCCGGAUCGGUCCGUCGAAGGGCAGGGGAAUGACAUCCAUGCCGCGGGCCCGCAGUUCGCCGAUCACGCGCACGUUGUCGGCGUCGGCCAUCAUGCGCCCUUCCUCGAGGAUCAGGCCGUUGGUCGCGAGCCGCGUCGCCUCCUCGAUCGAGACCGGAAUCUUGUCCCAGUCGCGAAGGCUCAUGGGCAGCCCGUCGAUCAGUUUCUCCGGGCAGUAGAUCAGGAGGCCCGGCCUCACCAGCGCCAGGGCGCAAUCGAGGUGGAGCACAUUGGACUUCAUGGCCACCGGGAUCACGCG